AUGGGAAAGAUUUCACAGGAUCAUUCCAAGUUGGACUCGGAUUCCGUUGCUGAGGCUAUAAGGCUAUUGGUCGAGACUGACCCAUCCAUCAAGGUGAAAUCUAUAAUAGCGGAAGUCCAGUCAAGGUUCAACUAUACCAUCAGUUACCGAAAGAAGAUGCCUGGUUCAAUUGUCCAAAUAGAAACACGACCACUGUACAACGGAAAUGAGGAGGCACAUAGUAUUAGGGCGUUCAGGCAUUGCAAGCCUCUAGUUCAGGUUGACGGCACACACAUAUACGAAAAAUACAAAGGUACACUUCUAGUUGAUGUUGCACAAGAUGGGAACCAGAACAUUGUGCCUGUCGCUUUUGCCUUAGUGGAAGGAGAGACAACUGAUGCGUGGCACUUCUUUCUUAGGAAUCUGCAAAUGCAUGUUGUUAGAAGAGACGGUGUGGGUAUGAUCUCAGACCAACAUGAGUCAAUUCAGGCAGUAGUAAAUCGUUCCGGAGUUGAUUGGCAACCUCCAAGAGCAUGGUGGAUGUUUUGUAUAAGGCACAUCGGCAGCAACUUCUUAAGGGCAUUCAAAAUCCCUCACUUGCAAAAACUUGUUGUCAACAUAGGGUAUUCAAGAACGACGGAAGAGUACAACAUCAACUAUAAGAGGUUGGAAGAGCGAGGCAAGGCAUAUGCCAGGUGGUGCGAUGCCUUUGGAUUCCGACAUUGGGUAUUGGCAUUCAACGAGGGACAUCAAUGGGGCCAUAUGACGACGAACUUUGUCGAGUGCAUUAACUCAGUGUUAAAGGGUGCCCGAAAUCUACUUGUGUUGGCGCUCAUCCGAGCAACAUAUUAUCGGUUAAAUGAAUUUUUUACGCGGAAGAGUAUCGAGACUCAGAACGCAAGCGUGCUGGAUUUACUUACUCCGUAUUUGCACAACAGCGGGUAG